CGCCGGUUGGGCUCAGGGAAAAGAAAACAACCACUUGUCUGUUCUCAUGGUCAACCCUCCUCCCUCUUAGCCACGGCUUAUUUGGUCUCCGAUCAUUUUCAUCCUUUUUGCCGUUCGUAUAUUUAAGCUGCCCGGAAAAUGACAUUGCCUGUCUUCCUCUUCAAACAGUGGCAUUUGGCACGGACAAAAUGAUGUUGUUAUAACCAAAUGAGACCUAAUACCAAGAAGGAUCGAAAACGAUGUGUAUAUAAUUGUUGUAUUAGACGUAUACGUUCGUAAUAUAAUAAUUGUUGUUAUGAUAGGGUACAGUAGCAGAGUCUCUUUGAACUUGUAAAGAUGAUGUUUUGUUGGUGGAGUCCAAAUGUCUUUUCUUCUCUCUGGAGUUUUUGAACUAGUAGAAGGAUAUAAAUGUGGCCGAACAGAAAUAAUUAUUAUGAUAAUAAUAUACUCAAGAAAAUAGGAGAUGGGAGCCGAGAAAUCGGAAGGGAAAGGGAGCCGGCCGUCAGUCAAGCCAUCUAGAAAAAGGGGCAACCCAAAUAUGAUAUCUUCUUUCUUUGUUUUUCUUAGUAACGGUUUUCUUUUUUCUAGAAGACAUCCCCAACGCCAACAGCAACAGUGGUAAACGGUGCGAUGUGAUCCAAUCGGGUACGUGGUUCAGAAGUUGGAUAUCAAAUACUAUACGGUUUUAGAUCAGAUUAUAUUUGUGCAGUUUAGUCGGGUACUUUUUUACUAAAUAGACUAUAUUGAGCGAAAAUGAAUAGUUAAUUUAUUUAAACAAACGAAAAGAUGAACUAAUAGGCGAGGGGAAAAGUUUGAAAAAUACUAAUUUCAUCAUGCAUGCAUAAUUUUUAACUCUAAGUCAAAUAAAUAACAAAGAAAAAAUCGGAGCAAUUCAACUUACAUCAUAACGUCACAAUUAACAUCAACAUAAUGUCACAUAUAGGCACGCGACUGUCUCUACUCGCUGGUGGACUGUGGUUUGCAAGCGAAGGAGAGAGGACACGAUUCGCAAAGUUAUGUUUGAGACUUGGGUCUUCUUGGGAGAGUGGUGGGAGUGGGCUGCUAACACGAAAUGAAAAUUGAGUUGGUUCCACUAUCCAAUCCGAUAAACUACGAUACGUAUGAUAUCAAACAAACAGAUGAAAACAUCCUAUAUUACAGACCAGGAGCCAAAUCAAAAAACAUUCUUAAUAGUUUUGCAAUCCAUAUCAAACGAAAUAAUCAUGUUUGAUCAGCACUGUCCUAGAAGGGCCUCUAGAAGGCCGAUCGAUUGAAUGAUACUAAUACUGAUAUUUUAUAAACAAAAAGUCCAAACUCUUGUACCCUCGCUCUGCUUUCUCUUCAGGUUCAGCGUAUUGUAUAAAUCAAAACCCAAAACAGGAUCAAAGAUACUCCCCAUCACAACAAACCAAACCAAAGAAACACAUCCAGCCAGCCACCAUCCUUCCUCUGCGAAUCCACAAAAAAUAUGGAAGCAUCCUCGUUUCCGAUAAUCCCACUGUUACUUCCUUUUCCUUUUCCUUCUGUUGAUGGUGAUGAGGAUCAAUACCCAAUCUCCCCCAAAAUUACCACUUCUACAACUCAUACCCCAACUGCCCACGAUGGAGAAGAAGUGGAAAAUGAUGAUGAAGAAGACACUCUUUCGCUGUGCGAUCUUCCUCUCCACAACAGCAACAACGACAUCAAUCAUAUUGCUGCAGCGGCAUCUCCUGAUAUGAAUAAUGACGAUGAAGAUGGGUUCGAGUUCUCGAGGGAGUACUCAUUCACAGCUGAUCAUCUUCUCGGUCUUGAUUCUACUAACAAAGACAACAACAACAACAAUGGUAAUAGUACAAUCGUCUUCUGUGGGAAGCUCAUUGCUCACAGACAAUUAGCAGCAGUCCAACAACAACAGCAGCAGCGACAAGACGGGGUCGUAUUGGUGAGCAACGAGAAGAAAAGGAAGCAGGAAGAACAGGGCAAUAAGAAGAAGAAACAGAGUGGCAGGAUUUUCCCCUGGAAUAUGAAAUCAUUCUCCACCUCCUCUUCCUCCUCGUCGUCAAAUUCAUCAUCUAAUUCGUCUUGUUCGUCGCCGGUGAAGAAGAAGGGCGGUCGGAUAGCUGGGAGAUCGAGUUCAAGAGGGUAUCUCUGCUUGGCGUUUGGGAUGGAGUGGAAGUUCCCGGUGAGGAGUAUGGAUCUCAAAGAUAUAAAGCGGCGGCAGAGCCGCCGGAGUUUCACCAGCCUUGAUUUUGAUGUCUCGACGUCAUCGGCGUCGUCUUCGAUGCUGCCGGAUGAUAAUUCCACCGCCGUCGGUGCUAAAUCUGGAAAGGGUUUGUGGUGUUUGAUUAGGGUUUUGGCCGGCGCCCGUCCUUGAUUAAUUAAGUUUUACCUUUUACCGACCGCCUUACCGUUUCGUCGAUUCCAUUUUUUUUUUUUUUUUUUUUUUACCGAGGACCCGUUCUUCUACUGAUGGCUUCACUGUUACUGUUCUGUUUAGGGGUGUAAUUAGUUUGUAAUUACUGAUCACUAAGAGUUUUCUGUAUAUGACUAAUCAUCAUAAUAUAUUUAAUUUAAUGAGUACUUGUCGAUAUUCUCUUUAGUUAUCUCGUAGUUGUCAUGUGGGUUAGUUAAUGACCAUGCCUUAAUAAGAACAUUUUGUGCACUACCACCAAGCAAAUUAAUAAGAAGAUUUUAUAGUGAAAUGUUCCACAUGUUUGAUUUAUCUUAGAUAUUAUUAUGAAACCCCGAAUGAAGAUACCAUGCCUCGGUUAAAAAUUUCGAUUAAUUUUGAAAGAAUAUAUGAGGUGAUUGAGAUAAUGUUGAGACAAGGAUAAGAUGUAUUUAUUUCGGUAACAAGAAUUUGACAAUUAUCGUUAAAAUAUUUAAGAAAAAAUUUAAUGGUUUUCAUAUUAUAAAUAAAAGUGAGAUUUUAUUGCUGGCGUUGCUAUAAUUUCAUAUAAGGUGGGGUUUGAACGACGAGGACUAGGUUCAAGGAGUAAGGAGUUGAGGAGGAUGUCAAUUGAGAAUGAGAUUUGAGCAUGAGAUGUAAAAAUUAGAAGCAUGAAUACAAAGUGUAUUUGCACCCCAAAAUAUGUUAGCUUGUAGGUUAAUACUCAAAUUGGGUGCAAAAAUGUUAGUCUGUUGGUAAAUACUCAAAUUGAUAUGACGUAGUAUUAUAUUCGAAUUUCAUCCUCUAACAUGUUACUCCGAGUUUUGAGGUUCAAGACUUUCUUUCAUUUGUUGUUGUAUUCUCCUAUACCCUCGUAUUAAUCUAUCCAUAAGUUCAGUAUCGGGUCUUUAAAAUUAAAAAAAAGGAAUGACAUAUAAAUUUGAUAAUGAAAUAUUUCCCAACAAAUUGAGUAAUUAGGAUUAAAUGAUUUGUUCGUUAACACAGUAUCAGAGCUUUCUGUCGAGAAGUCUUGUCAUAGGGCAUCCACCUAUGUUUGUUAGUUGAUUCAAUCACAUAUAUAAGUUGUACUUGGAUGCAUGAUCCGUUGAUUAUGUACUAUGCCAAAUUUAACUCUAUUAACAAAUAUUAGUGCUACUCAUACUUUGUUAGGUUAGGUCAAGGAGAAGCAGUAGUCAAAGAAGGUGUCAUUAGCUUAUGUUUCUUCGUUCUAGAUGCGGAGGAAGUCCAAAGUAAGAGCAUUGUAGGCCACACUUUGGACCGAGGAAAUGAUCCAUGGAGUCUGGUUUGGUCUGGACUGGAUCCACCAAAUCCACAAAUGGGCUCAAAGCCUCUAGAAGUAGAAAGCACACGCUUUUGAAUUCAGAGUGUGAAGAACAUAUACCAGACAAGACAAUUGAGGUAAACGAUAUUUUGUCAAGGGAAAGAAUGGUGUAAGUUAGUGUUAUCUGGGUGAGGGUGGUAAGGAAAUUAAUCAACUCUACACAUACCUAAAAUUUCAUCGAAAAAUGCAAAGAACAAGUUCGCUUCGAAUGAGUUUCGGUCGAAGCUUUUCUAUACGCGACUAAUUCAAGCCCAAUUCAAACACAUUUAACUAUAUAAUAUGAUAAAGUUGAACUCUUUGAAGCCACCCAAUUUUUUUGAAAUGGGCACAUGUUGUUAUGCAAAUCAAUUUGGUCUGGUGGCUAUGUAUAAACUAUGAACGACGCUUACUAAGGAACAAGACCAAAGGUUGCUCAAUUGCAUUCUCUUUAAUUAUGCAGCCAUUGCCAUUAGUCACCAACCCACUGAAACUAAUUGCGUCUCUAAUUCUGUCUUAUUAGAAAAUUUUGAUAUUUCAAUUUCAACUACUCCCCCUAUGCUCUAAUUCCCCCAAAUUAACUUUAUUAGACAAG